CGGUAGACACGUUCUCGCCUGGUACGGCGUCUCAACACCAUGGAAGACUACAGCAUCUUCACCGGCAAAACGAAGACGUUUUCUGUCGUUGACUAUGUCCUAUUCGGCCUGACAUUAUUCAUAUCUGCAAGUAUUGGACUGGUGUACGCCAUCAUAGACCGCAAGAAACUAAGCUCCAAGGAGUACCUGUUGGGGGGACGGCAGAUGUCAGUAAUACCUGUCGCCUUGUCACUGCUGGUGACAUUUCUAUCUGCCAUUACGCUUCUGGGAACGCCGGCCGAGAUGUACAGAUACACGACAAUGUUUUGGUAUCUGUGUUUGUCAUUUGUAUUCGCGAUUGUGCUCUCAGUCGUACUAUUUGUCCCAUUCUUCUACAAACUGGGGAUAACAAGUGUCUUCCAGUAUCUGGAAAUGAGGUUCAACAAAAUUGUUCGGACAAUGGCGGUGAUACUCUUCAUCUUCCCAACUAUAAUAUACGUGUCGUUUGUAUUGUACGCCCCUAGCCUUGCAUUCAAUGCAGUGACAGGACUUAACAUUUGGGGUUCGGUCGCUGCUAUAGCUGCUAUAGCUACCAUUUACACAGCAUUGGGUGGCAUGAAGGCUGUGUUGUGGACUGACAGUUUCCAAGCGGUUGUGAUCCUUGCAGGCUUGCUGGCAGUGCUCAUCCAAGGUUCCAUGCUCAUGGGCGGCUUCAGUAACGCUUGGGAAAUUGCUGCUAACCGGUCUAGGAUCAACUUUCAUGACUUUGACCCCGACCCUACAACUCGACAUUCCUUCUGGUCUAUAGUGUUUGGUGGAGGAUUUCUCUGGCUGAGUCUCUAUGGCACGACCCAGGCCCAAAUCCAGAGAGCACUCUCCUGUCCGACCCCAAGGAAGGCACAACUGGCAAUGUUGAUAAACCUGCCAGGACUUAUCUUCAUCGUCAGCCUUUGCUGCAUGAUCGGCAUCGUCAUGUUCGCCUUCUACGCCGACUGUCACCCGUUACAAUUCAACAACCUCAUCUUCAGCACAGAUCAGCUGCUGCCUCUGUUUGUCAUGGACAUUUUGAGCCAGUUCCAAGGAUUGCCCGGAGUCUUUGUCUCAUGCAUCUUCAGCGGAAGUCUGAGCACUUAUCAUCCACCCUGAACGCUAUGGGCGCCGUCAUACCACAUGAUCUGAUCCAACCGUUUUGCUGUAAGAAACUGUCUGACAGGAGUAUGACCAUUCUCUCCAAGG